AUGUUGAUCAGUGCAUGGUUAAAUGUUUCAACUGAUCCUGUAGUUGGUACCGAUCAAAAGAAGGAAACAUUUUGGAGUCGAAUUCAUAGCUACUGUAUUAACAAGGCUGUUGCACAAUUUGCUGGUUGCUACGAUCAAGCUAGUCGAAACAUAAAGAGUGGUUCGAACGCUGAUGAUAUAAAGGAGUUGGCUUAUAAACUUUAUUCCACAAAUUAUGGUCAAAAAUUCACUUUUGAGAGGCAUUGGAACAUGCUUCGGUUAGAGCAAAAAUGGAGGAGCCAACUACCUACACAGAGUGGCAGCUCAAAGAGAACCAAGGUUAGUGCAACUGGAGCAUACUCAUCCUCAUCAAACCCAGAAACACCGUUGGCUAACGAGCCUGAUGUGGACUCUCCCGUUCGCCCACAAGGAUCAAAGAAGAGCAAGCGAAAAGGUAAGGGAAAAGCACAAAUGUCUGAAGAUUUUAGCUAA